AUGCUGACCUACUACGAGCUGGUGCUCCUGGCAUGCGUCACGACCAGCCUACUGGCCGCCCUCGGCAAUGAGGUGUGGCUGUCGCUACUUGGAGCCGCCGCGCAUGCCCCCGGCCGGCCGAAGCUAUGCCCUCAAUACCUACCAGAGCGAGGCGCCGUCGCUAGAGGCGCGGGCGAGAGGCGCCCCCCGCCCCCCGCGCCCCACCACAGGCCCCCCGCCGCGGUGACACCACCCCGAAUGUGGCUCGAUUGCUCAGCCGCUCAGCCGCAAUUUGGCACUGCGCAGGAAUUGGCCGGCGGCAAGAGCGGGCCGAGCGGGCUGCGACGGAGCAGCGAGCGCUCCGAGUCCGCUGAGCCGCGGAGCGAUCGAGGGUCCGCCCACACAAGCGGGCUGAACGGUCUACGCAACAUCGGCAACACGUGCUUCAUGAACAGCGUGCUGCAGUGCCUCUCCAACACGCGGCCGCUCCUCGAAUACGUGACGGAGGACAAACACGCGGCGGACAUCAACACCACGCUCUCGUGCAUGAAGGGCGCCCUCAUCAAAGCGUUCGCGACCGUGAUCAAGGAGCUGUGGCGCAGCGGCGAGCGGGACGCGGUCGUCAACACGACCAGCCUCAAGUCCCAGGUCCAGCGUUUCGCGCCGAGGUUCAUGGGCUACAGCCAACAGGACGCGCAGGAGUUCCUUCGCUACCUACUGGAGGGCAUGCACGAAGAUGUCAACCGCGUAACCGUCAAGCCCAAGCCCAUCCUCACCGAGAUCGACGACAGUCUAAGCGACUCCGCGAAGGCGGCGGAGGCGUGGGCCCGCUACCUGCGCAUGGAGGACAGCCGCGUGGGCGACAUCUUCGUGGGCCAGCUCAAGUCCACGCUGCGCUGCACCCACUGCAACCACGACAGCGUCACCUUCGACCCCUUCUGGGACCUCAGCCUGCCGAUUCCGUCCCGCACCGGCAACCUGAAGCUGCAGCAGUGCCUGCAGCACUUCGUGCGCGAGGAGGAGCUCGACGGAGACGAGAAGCCGACGUGCUCCAAGUGCGGAGUGCGAAGAAAGUGCCUGAAGUGGUUCACGGUGCAGAAGUUCCCGCAGGUGCUUGUGCUGCAUCUCAAGAGAUUCUCGCCGACGGAGCGGUUCCGCGGCAAGCUGUCGGUGUGCGUGGAGUUCCCUCUGAGCGGGCUGGACAUGGCGCCGUUCGCGGCCGCGCGUGGCUCCCGCCCCAUCUACAACCUAUACGCCGUCAGCAACCACUCGGGCACCACUUACUCCGGACACUACACAGCAUACUGCAAACACCCGUACACGGGCGAGUGGCACGAGUACAACGACUCCAGAGUGACGCCGAUCAGCCCUCGCAACGUGGUCUCCCCCGAGGCGUACGUGCUGUUCUACGAGCUGCAGCGCUCG